AUGGACCUCUCCAUCGGGCUGGUUGAAUGUCCACACAACAUAACAACCGGCUUCCCCAGAGCCAGUGAGGAGAGAGUGAACAAGCAGCAGCAGCAGCUAUUACUAAGGCAACCAAAUCAGAUUCUUCCAACCAAGAAUGUGCCCACCUCACACACAACAUCAACCAGUCCUUUUUCUCCCCCCGCCACUCCCUGCCCUUGCAAUUUGGCACGGGACUCUGUCAUCACCAAGAGUCCCACAAGUGAUGUCCAAAUGCAAGAUCCUCCGUUGGAGAGGCUGGAGGCUUCAGUUCCUGCUUUGCUCCCUGAUGCCUAUACCACAGAGCAAAUCAUAUAA